AUGACAAAGACAUUUCUGAAGGACCACUGCAAGCAAAAUAAACUCUACAUGACACCUCGAUUGAAUGACACACUGUAUUUGCACUUCAAAGGCUUCUCCACUAUAGAGAAUCUGGAGGAGUACACAGGGCUGAAGUGUCUCUGGCUGGAGUGCAACGGGCUUCUGCGCAUCCAGAACCUGCAGGCCCAAACAGACCUACGCUGCCUCUUCCUCCACCAGAACCUCAUACACAAUCUGGAGAAUUUAGAACCACUUAGCAAGCUCUGCACCCUCAAUGUCUGCAACAACUACAUACACACCAUCGAAAACAUUGCCUGCCUCCCUGAUCUGGGCACCCUGCAGAUAGCCCAUAAUAAGCUGCAGACAGUGGGAGACGUGGAGCAUCUGAGUCAGUGCCUCUCCCUCAGUGUACUGGACAUGUCCCACAACCUGCUGGAUGACCCAGACAUCCUCACUGUGCUGGAGAGAAUGCCUGAACUGCGCGUGCUGAACCUGAUGGGAAAUGAAGUGAUAAAGAAAAUCCCAUACUACAGGAAGACUAUGAUCAUACGUCUAAAACAGCUCACGUACCUGGAUGACCGACCUGUGUUCCCAAAGGACAGGGCGUGUGCAGAGGCGUGGGGGACAGCGGGUCCAGAGGGGGAGAGCAGGGAGAGGAAAUCAUGGCAAACACGAGAGAGAAGGAAGAUCCAGGACAGUCUGGACGCCAUGGCAACCAUCAGAGACCAAGCCAGGGAGAGACUGCGAGUCAGAGAGCUGCAAGAGAGAGGGGAGUAUGAGACCACUACAACACCAGAACUUGAGAGCCCCAGUGAAAAUAACCAGAGCCACAAUCAGAGCCCGGGCUGGGAGGAGAGGAUCCAGGCAUUUGUGGAGGACAGUCUGGAGGCCCAUGAAGAGUUCCUACAGACACAGAGAGAACAGCCAGAAAAGGAGGAGCUAGGGAAUGAACAGCCACUGAAGAAGCAGCUAGACAGAGAACAACCAGAAAGAGAGGAUCCGGAGAGAGAUCAGCUAGAGAGAAAGCACCAAGAGGGAGAUCAGCUAGAGAGAGAGCACCAAGAGGGAGAUCAGCUAGAGAGAGAGGACCAAGAGGGAGAUCAGCUAGAGAGGAAGCACCAAGAGGGAGAUCAGCUAGAGAGAGAGCACCAAGAGGGAGAUCAGCUAGAGAGAGAGGACCAAGAGGGAGAUCAGCUAGAGAGGAAGCACCAAGAGGGAGAUCAGCUAGAGAGAGAGCACCAAGAGGGAGAUCAGCUAGAGAGAGAGGACCAAGAGGGAGAUCAGCUAGAGAGAAAGCACCAAGAGGGAGAUCAGCUAGAGAGAGAGGACCAAGAGGGAGAGCAAGCAGCAGAAGAAAGCUUAAAGGAAGAACUGUUAGAGUUAAACCAGUCAAAGAGAGAACAACUACAAAGAAGGCAGGCAAAGAGAGAGAAGUUAGAGAGAGAGCAGUCAGUAUGUGGCCAGCCAGAGUCUCAGACAGCUGGGGUGAUUGUAGAGCACGGUCCUGGACCAAUGGUGACUGAGCUAGAGGAGACAGAGGACCUGGAGACCAUCCACCUGGAGCCACGCCCACCACUUCGUAUUGAUGAUCUCCCUGACCUGGAGGAUAUGGAUGUUGAAGAUCCAGACAGCACCUGCAUCUUCUUCUCUCAGCAAGUAUUCCGGCCAAAGAUAGAGGUAAUUUCAGGAGACAACAACGAUGUAGAUCCAAUCAUACAUCAGAGUGGGACAGUGUGGACCACAGAGACCACACCUACCUCAGAUCCAUACUCAUCUUCACUGUUCAGGGUCUGUGACAACACGUCAAACAAAUCGCCCACCAAUCACCUAGUAGCAUUGGACCCAGAGGCGGGGGAUGCCCCAGAGCUGGUGAUAUCAGAACCUCAGGGAGAACCCAGACAGAGGCAGAGCCCUGAAGCCAGCAAACCAGGUUGUCUCAUUGAGGAGCUGGAUUAA